AUGCUGACUGCGCUUUUCCCCCCGCCCGCUACGUGGGACCCUGAGCAGGGUAUCCCCGACCAAUCUGGACGUGUUGCGAUUGUCACUGGCGGCAACACCGGUAUCGGCUAUCUGACAGUGUACUGGCUCCUCAAGAAGAAUGCCAAGGUGUACCUCGCUGCGCGCAGCGAAGGCCGCGCGCGCGAGGCGAUCCAGAAGCUCGAGGCGGAGAACCUGCCUGGUUCGGUCGAGUGGCUGAAGCUCGACCUUGCCGACCUGAACAGCGUCAAAGCGUUCGCGACCGCUUUCCAGGGCAAGGAGAAGCGCCUCGACCUCUUGUUUAACAAUGGCGGUGUGAUGUAUCCCAGGCUCAUGCCGGACACGGUCGAUGGGUACGAGAUGCACCUGGGCACAAACGGCCUUGGUCACCACUACCUCACCAAGCUCCUGCUGCCGACGCUGCUCGCCACGCAGAAGGUUUCGCCGUCGAACCCGCCGCGCGUGUGCUUCACGUCGAGUCUCGCACACCGCUUCGCCUCCGCCGAGGGCUUCAAGCCCGAGGACCCGACUGGGCUAGGCUCGCGGCCCUUUUAUCUCUCCCCCGCCUCGCGCGCGUACGGCACGAGCAAGCUGGUCAACAUCCUCUCGGCCAACAAGUUCCAGCGCCAGUACGGACCCGAGGGUCUCGUCUUUACCUCGGUCCACCCGGGCAUUCUGUACACCGAGCUGAUGCGCGACUGGAACCCGCUGUUUGGCGUGACGCAGCUUAUCCAGUCCUACCUCUUCUACCCCGCUUCCAUGGGCUGCCUGACGCAGCUCUUUGCCAACACGGCUCCGGAAGCCGCCAAGAAGGGCGGCAGCUACUUUGUGCCGUGGGCGCGUGAGGCCGAGCCGAUGCCUAUUGCGCACGACAAGGCGAACCAGGAUGCUUUCGAUGCCUGGGUCGACGUGCAGGUUGCCAAGCACGUCAAAUAG